UUCAUUGGUUUCACAUAUUCCUAAAACUAGUUGUAGGCAACCACUAUAGCCCUGACCGCUGAGGAAAGGGCAAGGCUGGUUACCGAAGAGUUUUGCUGAAAAAUGCGCUAGACCAACGCAACUGUCUUUUACUUAACUUCUUUUCGUCCUGUGAACUCUAUAAGAUGGACAAGUACAUUCGCGGCAAGGUGCUGGGGAAAGGCUCGUUCGGCUGCGCCAUUUUGGUCACCAACAAGCUGGACAACAAGAAUUAUGUCAUCAAGGAGAUUGAUAUAUCGCGCAUGCCGAAGGCUGAGAGGGACGCGUCUGAGCAGGAGGCGAAGUUGCUGAUGGCCCUGAACCACCCGAACAUUGUCCGCUGCAUCGAGUGCUUCACGCACAUGAAUAAGCUGUGCAUUGUCAUGGACUGGUGCUCAGAAGGAGACCUAUAUGGGCUGAUUCAGAAGAGGCGUGGCCAGCAGCUGAGUGAGGACACCAUCCUGGACUGGCUGGUGCAGAUGUGCCUGGGGCUCAAGCAUGUUCAUGACAGGAAAAUCCUGCACAGAGACAUCAAGACACAAAAUGUCUUCAUGUCCUCUGGUGGUCUGCUUAAGCUGGGAGACUUUGGUGUGUCCAAGGUUUUGAACUCAACCUUCCAGCUAGCGACGACUGCAGUGGGGACUCCCUACUACCUGUCUCCUGAAAUUUGCCAAAAUCGCAAAUACAACCAGAAGUCAGACAUUUGGUCACUGGGGUGUGUGCUGUAUGAGCUUGCCACGCUCAAGCAUGCAUUUGAGGCACCCAACAUGCGUGCACUGAUCCAAAAGAUCAUCAAGGGCAGCUACCCACCCAUGCCAGCCACACGCAGCAAGGAGCUGAGGGACCUGUGUGACCGCAUGCUCACGCUGGACUGGCAGAAACGCCCCUCCAUCAAUGACAUACUUGCUACCCCUGUCAUGAAGGCACGCAUCCAAAAGUUCCUGUCUGCUACACUGGUGGCACAUGAGUUCAGCCACACCAUCAUCCAUGGACGGCCAAAGCCAGGCCAGCUUGUGGUGGGAGGUGGUGCAGGAGCUCCACCUGUGCCUGCUACUACUGCUGCUGCUGCUGCUGCUGCAGGCUUGGCGCCAUCCAAGUUCGCACCUGUGGCUGGCAUGCCAGUGGGAGGUCGUCCUCUUGCAGUUCCUGGGGCUGCUGCAGCAGCAGCCCGCCCUGCAGCAGUGCCAGCUGUGGCCCCAGGCCGUGGAGCUGUUGUUGGGGUGCGUGCAAGCUCCAACAGCCCAGCUGCCCGUGCACCAGCUCCAGGAGUACCUGCACCAGUGGCUGCAGCACGUGCAGGCAUGGGUAUGGCCCAGGCAAGGCCAGGUGCACCUGCAGUCCCAGCACCAGCAGCAAAUGCAGCAUUGAAGCAGGCCCAAGAUGCAGCAGUGGCAGCACGUGCCAAAGCAGCAGAGGCAGCAAAGCAGCGAGAAGAUGCCAUGAUGGCCCUGGCGGCAAAGCGCGCUGCGGAUGCGGAGGCCAAUGCCAAACGGGAGCUGGAGCGGGCAAAACAGCGGGAAGUGGCAGCGCUGGGUGCUCAGCGUGAGAUUGAGCGCCUAAAGCUGGAGGAGCAGCGGCGGAAACUGGAGGCAGACAAGGCACGGGCAGAUGCUGACAGGCGAAAGCGGGAGGCAGACCGUGUGGAAUCGGAGCGCCGUGCCAAGGCAGCAGAGGAGGCCCGUGCACGACUCAGUGUGGAGGAGGCCAAGCGUGCGCGUGAGCUGGAGGCAAAGCGGAAGAAGGCAGAGGAGGAGGCACGCAAGAAGGAUGCUGAGCGUGCUGCCAAGGAGAAGGAGCGUGAGGACAUGCGUCUCAAGAUCGCUGCCCAGCGCAAGGAAUACCAAGACCGGCAGGUGGAGGCGGCUCGAAACAGGGCUGUUGCAGAGCAGCAGCUGGGCCGUGGACCCUCCCCAGAGGUCCAGGUGAUGGCUGGGCCGCGGCAGCCUCGUCGGCAGUGGUCUCCUCCACGUGUGGAGGAUGUUGGUGACCCUGCACGUGAGGAGGCGGUAUUGGGAGGUGCUGCUGGUGCAGGCCGGCGUGGUGAUGACGCACUGUCUGCAGAGCAGCGGCGGGCGGUCUGGGAGGAGCAGCGGGCUGCAGCCGACCGCAACCGGCGGGCAGCACACGAGGCGGAGCGGCAUGGUGGCAUUGCCGAAUUCCUGGGUGUGCCACGUGAAGACGACCGCGCAGGCAAGGGGAGGCAGCAGCCUGCUGCAGCACCUGCGGCAGGUGGAUCUCGACCUGCAUCUGGGGCCAAAGCUGCGACACCAGUCGCUGCAGACAUCUCGCCUGAUGCAAGGCGUGCGGCCUACCUGGAGAUGCGGGCAGCUGCGGAGAGGAACCGCGCACAGGUCGAGGGUGGCGGCGCGCCCAAGCCAUCCACGCCUCCAGCUGGGCGUCCUGUCUCGCCCCUGCUUCAAGUGCCAACCCGGGCACGCCCAGUGACGCCAACUCCUCCGGUGCCGCCGCGCCCAUCUGACCCCUGGGCUGCCAAGAUGGCCCGGCUGGAGGAGGAGCGGCGCAAGCGUGAGCAGGAGAUCCUGGAGUUCCAGAAGCAGCACUGGCAGGAAGUGCGGGAUGCCCGUGAGCGCAAUAAGCGGAACAUCAUGGCGGAGGUUGGGAAUGGUGGGCCCGAGGCUGGCCGGGCACAAACACCACCCAAGCCUUCCUCGGCAGCAACACCUGCCGCCCCCUCAGCUGCGUCUGCGGCUGUGAACAACAAUGGCCGUGCUGAGGAGGAGGACGACACAGACUUCGCUGCCAUGCUAAAAGACAUGCAGGACGUGCUCAUGGACGACGAUGGUGCACGCAACGAUGGGGACGAUGAGGAGGACGACAUCUACAAUGAUGAAAAGCACUCAGCGGCACUGGCGGGCCACUUUGUGCUGAACGGACAGGCGGUGGCGCUGCCAGGAGUGCGUGUCACUGACAGCCUCGCACUCAAGGUGGAGGCGCUGCGUGUGUACCUGGAGGCGGCGCUGGGGACGGACCCGUUCCUCAAGGUGUAUCGGCGUCUGGAGUCGCUGUCCAUCGACGAUGACGAGGGCCAGGUGUCGGCGGAGUUCCUGGCUGUGCUGGGCCCCGACAAGCUGCCGUACCUGCAGCUGGUGCACCAGCUCAUCGUGUGCGAGGAGAACAUGCACAUGGAGGGCGCGUGAGAGGGAGAGGGCGGCUGGCCACAGUGUGGAAGGCUGUGAGGGGGAGGCGGCGGUGACUGCGGGCGCGGGCGGCGCUGAGGCUCCGCAUGAGGAGCAGGAGACUGGUGGGAGUGGUGUGGGAGAGGUUUGGCUGCGGGUGGGAGGGGGCGAGGGGUGGGUGCUGGGGUUGGGGCGGGCAUGUGUGGGAGAAGGGGUCAGGUGCAUGUCGUACAGAGUGAUGUGCGUGGUCACAGAAACAGGGUGCAUGCCAGCGGAAGAUGUAUGGCAAUCGAGUACGCUGGCUGCCUUUCAUAAGAGCGUUGGAGAAAGUGGCAUAUUGUGCAGGCCGGGCUUGCAGCAGUCAAGCUAUGGGAGUGGGGACCGGACAUUGCAAGCUGGCAGUGUCAGCAACUCUGCAUUCAAUCGACAUUCGUGGCUAGAACCUCGGAUGGUGGGGCCUGGAUGGAGUAAAAGGUGGCCUGCUGGAACUUUCCUUCAGGGUUUGCAUCGACUGGGGGCAGGCGUGUGCCAGGGGCAACAAGGGCCUGAAGCCUGAACCGCCUCUACGGCAUCCUCCAUGCAGCACGUCCACCGCAACCAGUAGCGCUGUCGUCUGCCACUUCUCCGAACUGUGAUCAAAGCGCCCCCUCAGUU